AUGACCCCCUCGGCCCAAGUCGUUACCGCCAACCCUAGCCCUUACCUUGGCGACAAGGUGGGCGACCUCGCUUCCACUUCCGAGACGGUCCCCAAGGCGAGCCGUGUGGAACCGGCUCGAUUUUUGAGCCAGGCGUCCAUCGACCGACCUGCCUCAGCCAUCCGAUCGCUCUUCCCCGCCGAGCUGAUCCCAGGCAUGCUCUCGCUGCUCGCCGGCAAGCCUAACCCAGACACAUUCCCAUUCGAGAGCAUCUCGCUCAACGUCAAGCCCGAAGCCGAAGCCGGCCCCACGCAACUCACUAUCCAGGGAGAAGACCUGAACACGGCGCUUCAGUAUGGUGCCACAUCGGGCAUCCCCAAGCUCGUGCAGUGGAUCACGGAUCUGCAGGUGCACAUGUUCAAGCGAGAGAUUGUUACCCCCACGUCCAAGCUCAACGGUGUCGCUGGUCGAACGCCGUGGCGAGUGACGACAGGCAAUGGAUCGCAGGACUUGCUCAACAAGACGUUCGAGGCGUUGCUGAACCCGGGCGAUGUGAUUUUGGUCGAGUCGCCUGCGUACACGGGCAUUUUGCCGUCGCUGGUGAUGCUCAAGGCGAGGAUCGUGCCGGUGGUGAGCGAUGAUCAGGGAAUGAUGUCGAGCAGACUCGCCGAGAUCUUGGAGAACUGGGAGUCGAAUCCAGACACGGCUUCGCUGCCACGACCCAAGUGCCUGUACACCACUCCCACAGGCGCCAACCCUGCGGGCACGACUGCGUCGGACGACCGCAAACGCCAGAUCCUCGCCCUCGCCCGCCAGCACGACUUUCUCAUCCUCGAAGACGACCCGUACUACUACCUGCACUUUGAGGGCCUCGACCAGGACCCCGUGACACGUCCGCGAUGCCGCAGCUACUGGUCGCUGGAAGAGGAGCACCGCGAGCGCUGGGGCACGGGUCGCGUGGUCCGCUUCGAGAGCUUCUCCAAGGUCCUUUCUGGCGGCAUUCGACUCGGCUUCGCCACGGGCCCCAACGAGAUCCUCGAUGCUGUCGACGCCAACACUGCCAUGUCGAACCUGCAGCCCUCGGGUCUCGCCGGUGCGGUCGCCUACACGCUGCUCAACUACUGGGGCAUCCCUGGAUUCCUGCGACACGUCGACAAUGUGGCGCGCUUCUACGCCAAGCGUCGCGACAACUACGAGGCCAAGGCGCAGAAGGUUCUCGCGCAGGCCGGGGUUGCGCAGUGGGUAACGCCGGUAGCGGGCAUGUUUUUGUGGCUGAGGCUCAAUCUCCCGCCUUCGGGUCCCGGUGAGGACGAGGGCGACAGCUUCGCCCUGAUCUCGGACAAGGCGAAGGCGGCAGGUGUGCUGGCUGUGCCCGGUGUGGCGUUUAUUCCAGAUGGCAGCAAGACGUGCUACGUCAGGACGAGUUUCAGUAUUAUUCCGGAGGAGGAUGUAGAGGAGGCGUUCAACCGGUUGAGGAACGUGGUGCUCGAGGCGUGGAAGGAUGCCGGGAAGACCAUGCCCAAGCUGUCUUAA